UCCUGCUGCUGCUGCUACAGCCGCUGUCCCUGGUGCUGAAACCUCAACUGCUCAGAGACUCGCCGCGGCACGGGGUUGUGGACAGCGCGCGAGGCCGCGGUUGUCGCCCAGAUCCCAAGGGCGACCGAGAUGGACGGCGCCGCGCUGGGGAAAACGAGGCGAUCGCCCUCCCUGACGGCCUCCAUCCAGCUGGAUGAGACCGUCUCCUGGAUCCACACCCCCGCCGACUCGCACCCGCUGCUGCUCGGGAAGAACGGCGGCGGUGGCGGCGGCGGCAUCGGCGUGGGCCUCAUGAGCAGCAUGGCCCCGCUGACGGCCGCGUCGACGCGCGACGCGGCCCCUCCACGCACCGUGAUGCUCCUGUCGGCGCAGGAGGCGGCCCAGAUCUACCACACCAACUACGUGCGCAACUCGCGCGCCAUCGGCGUGCUGUGGGCCAUCUUCACCAUCUGCUUCGCCAUCAUCAACGUGGUGGUGUUCGUGCAGCCCUACUGGGUGGGCGACGGCGCCGAGACGCCGCGCGCCGGAUACUUCGGCCUCUUCCACCUCUGCGUGAGCGGCGGCGUCUCCAAGGUCGACCUCAAGUGCCGCGGCUCGUUCGCCGACUUCUCCACCAUCCCAUCGAGCGCGAUGCGCGCCGCCUCUUUCUUCGUGGGCACCUCCAUGGUGCUCACCGUCACGUGCAUCGUGUGCUUCUCGCUCUUCUUCUUCUGCAACACGGCCACCGUCUACAAGAUCUGCGCCUGGAUGCAGCUCACGGCCGCCGGGUGCCUGGUGCUCGGCUGCCUGAUCUUCCCGGACGCGUGGGACGCUGCGGAGGUGCGCGCUCUGUGCGGCGAGCGCGCCGACAAGUACACGCUGGGCGAGUGCUCGGUGCGCUGGGCCUACAUCCUCGCCAUCAUCGCCAUCCUGGACGCCAAGGUGCUCGCCUUCCUCGCCUUCGUGCUGGGGAACCGCCAGGAUGCGCUGCUGCCGCCGGACUUCAAGCUGGAGAGCAAGGACUCGGGGACUCACGGGUUCACGGACUCACGGACUCCGCGACGGGACGAGGAGGAGGAGGCGGCGCUGGGCGGACUGCGCCGUGGACUCCUCGUGACGGCCGGACUGACUCGCGUCUCCCGUGACGCCCGCGAGAGGGCGACGCUCGCGGUGGAGUCCUCGGCGCUGUUCGUGGGCAGGGGGCGGGGCUAG